GUGGGGGCACGGAGCGAUAGAGCUAUUAGCUCGGGCUGCAGCAGACAUCAUUGUACGAGCGGAGGGGAGACGAUUCCACCGGCAGUGCGCGAGAACGCACGGAGCCCCUGGCAACACGGAGAGCCUCGCGCUUCCCUGCCCGUUAUACCGUACAGGAAUGGUGAGGAUAGUCGGAGCCAGACAGAAGCAGACGUGGACAGACAGAGUGGGAAUCUUAAGCCAUCCCCUCAGUAGACAACAGCAGGAGGAGGGAUCUACACUUCGCCAUCACAGACGGACUCUUCUCUCACAUUGAACAUCCCAAACUUCUACCUGGGCAAGAUACACCGAUAUCCUCCGACUAGGCUGUGCUGGAGGCCUGCGCUGAAACUACGAGCCGCGUUGGGAUUGUAACGACUUCAAUGGGCCACGACACUCACUGAAACACUGGAGGCUACUGAAUGAGGUUCUUCCUGCAGUCCUGGAGACACUCUCUCAGAAGGAAAUGAUUCCACAUGAAUUGCAUGGACCGCUCUCCUGCAGCAGGUGUGACUUCAAUUGCUUAAGACUGAAAUCUGUGUCAAUCCGACCUUAGGCACAGGACACAUCCCCUCUCACCACCACUUUCCUCUUUACCCCAUUCCCAUCUUUGCUCCAAGCCAAUCAGUGGGAGGGCACACUCUGUUAGCAAGACAAACAGAGACCAGGAGGGAGAGGAAAAGAGCCAAAAAAGGGGAAAGAAAAAUCCAGAAAGAGUGAUUCAAGAUUCUCAGACACCAUGAAGUCAAACCAGGAGCGGAGCAAUGAAUGCCUGCCCCCAAAGAAGCGUGAAAUCCCAGCAAGCACUCUGCCCUCAGAGGAGAAGCCCAUGGUGAUGGCGCCUGCCAAUGAGAGCCAGCGUGGAGGGAACCUGGCUUGGCUUGCCAGUCUGGCCAGUGGGCAUGACAAAGGCCGGCUGCACACCAGCACCUCUGCAGAACCAGAUGGGCCUCAAUAUAAACCAUUGUCAGCCGUGGCUGAGAGCGCACCUUCCUCGUCCACACACUCAACCAGAGCUCUAUCUGCAGUGACCACCAUACCUGCAGUUUACACAUCACCUCUCUCCCAUUCACCUAGCGCAAUCCAGUACACACCCCUGCCUCACAAUAUACACUUCAUCAACCCUCCCUACUCUGCACCAUAUGCUGGCUACAUCUCACCACUAGCUCCCCCUUUAGCUGCCACCACUACCACACAACGUGAAAUUUAUGCCAGCACCUCCAGUUCUCCAGUAUCCAAAAUUGAUCAGCACCACCAAUUGGGCCGUCCUCAAGGCCUGGUCACAACUGACAACUCCUCUUCACCUCACUCCACUCAAUAUGUUCAAAUUGCUGGAUCUCCUCUAAGCAUAUCCCCUCGAACUGUUUCAUCACCGCAUACACACUUGCCACUACAUUUACAUCCUCACCACACACUUCCCCUUGGUGGCCCUUCACAGGUCUUAGUCCCAUACACGGAAAGUCUUUUACCCAAGAGGGAGGAGACAAGGACCAGGGAGUUGCUGAAUGGAGAGCUGGAGAAGGACAGACGUUUUGGUCCAUCUUCUGAGUCUAGUGCAGGGAAGCAGGGCAGCACUGCCAAAGGGGGUUCCUCUGCCCAGCAGCACCAGAUCCACCAGCAGCAAAGCCCACGUCACUUUGAAACUCGGCAUGUUGUGCUACCUGCUGAAUAUCCGCAGGACAGCACAGCCAUGAGGACCUCAUUGGUGCUGGUACCUAAUAGUCAUAGCUCCACUAGUGCUGAUUCUAUAGGUACAUCAGACAAGCUGCCUCCCUCGACAUCCCACCAUGAAAAAGGAGGCAUUUGUGCUGGCAAACCUGUCUCCCGCAGUUCCUCCUUAUCUUCCUCCCUUUCAUUUGCUCUUCCCCCUCCACCUGUGGACAAUCUUAAGGGAGCAGUUCCAGGGCAGUCUCACCAUGCAGUCAUUCAGACCACACUUAACAGCACAGAGUCACUCUCCCUAAGCCUCCCCUCCACUAAUUUCUACUCCACCCAGCAGCCUAUCAUUGGUUACUUUGCCGGCACAGGGCACCAGCAGCCUCUCAGCUACCACACCACCUUACCCCAGCACUUGGUCAUCCCUGGAACUCAGCCGGUCAUCAUCCCAGUAAGUGGAACUGAAGCUACCGCUACAUCAACUGCUGCACUGCCCCAUGCUUUCGUCACCUCAACAGCCCCCAAAGUGGAGACUUUUGAAUCUCCGGCUCCAUACCCCCACCCUGCCACCGCUAUGGUUCAAGCCCAGCUGCAUUUGCCUGUGGUUCCAGCACCUGCUGGCCUGCUGACAACUCCACCUCCACCCUCAGCUCCUUCAAUGCCACCCUACUUCACCAAGGGCUCCAUCAUCCAAUUGGCAGAUGGGGAACUGAAGCGUGUGGAAGACCUGAAAACAGAGGAUUUCAUUCAGAGUGCUGAGAUUAGCAACGAGCUGAAGAUUGAUUCCAGCACUGUAGAGCGCAUCGACAGCAGUCAUACACCUAACUUUGCUAUAAUACAGUUUGCUGUAGGAGCGCAACGCUCACAGGUCAGUGUGGAGGUGCUAGUAGAGUAUCCUUUCUUUGUGUUUGGCCAGGGCUGGUCAUCUUGUUGUCCGGAUCGGACUACUCAGCUGCUCGAGCUGCCAUGCACCAAGCUUUCAGUGGGUGAUGUCUGCAUCUCUCUCACCCUGAAGAACCUGAGGAACGGUUCUAUCAAGAAGAGCCAGGGGCAAGUCUUGGACGCGCCUGCCCUCGGUCCACCUCUUAAAUCACCAAAAGCACUCUCGAGUGGCGCACGAGGGGGUGUUCGGCACACAGAACAGGAAAAUGGACUCGGGCAGUGUGCAGAUCAGGGAGGUAGAGGCGGUCAAGGCAAUAGAGAGAACGGAGAACUGAGGUUUGGUGAAAGGGACAACUGCAAAGCUCCAACACACACAGAAUCAGAGACCACCAGUAAACCCACAGGUCGAAAAAGAAGGUGGUCCGCCCCCGAGGGUCGCAAAGUAGAAAAUCCAGAAGGAGAGCCCCCUUUAACGUUCCCUAAGCCUUCUUUCAUCCCUCAGGAGGUUAAAAUCAGUAUCGAAGGCAGAUCAAAUAUUGGAAAGUGAACAUGCAUCAGACUGUCCGGUUUUACAAUUGCAAAAUUUGCCCUCAGAAUGUUUUUAUUUGAUCUGUUGUCCAGAUUUCUUUUCCUAAAGUCAAGAUUUACUCAGUAUCUACGUUAUCACUUCUAACAUUGUAAUAGAGGAAUUCAAUAUUACACAGGCAAUUGGUGCAAUUCAUUUGAUUGGUCAAAUACAAGGUGGAUGUAGAGCAAGGUGAGAAGGUUGUGAGACGACAUGAUAUCCUGAAGGCUCUGGCAUAUAAAAUCACAGCUGACAAGACGUCUCUCUAGUCUCUCACCUACGACAUUCUUUCGCUUGCAAACCACACUUAGUGGCAAUUAAAACAUUCUUUUGCUGAGUGAACCUGAAAAUGUUAGUAAGGGAAGAUGAACAAGUGGUGUGAAUAUGGUGGCAGAACGGAAAUCACUCCUCCACUGGUUGCAGGAGUUUACAUGAUGUCAGCCAUCUUGUUUAACUGUGACUACAAGAGACUAUCCAAAUCGAUCCUAACAAUAUAGAGCAGUAUGGUCAGCACAGUUAGACUAGCAUAGAUUCUAUUAACGUUUAUUGAAGUGCAAAAAGAGGUUUCCAAAUACCAUGGUACAGGCCAAGAGAGAUGAUGUCAUUGAGCGGUGCCAGUUUGCUCCUCAGAAAAGACGAAACUUUAAACAGGGAAGAUUGACAAAUCUAUUUUUAUAUAUCCAACUGUCUAACCUUUUAUUUGACUAUUUUUGUAGUUUUGCAUGUUUUCGUCUUACUUUUCAAACCCUCCUAUCAUACCUGAUGGGUAGAUUUUUCUUAUGUUUUCCCCCCUUUUUUGUGAUGAAUGUGUCAACCUUGCAAUCAGGGGUCAUUUUUUUGUACGUAGACACAGAAUGGGUUCUUGUCUAUGAAUAUAUAUGCAUGGAUGUAUCUUGAUGCAUACAAACACAAUGGAUGAGGAGAUCGACCAGUCUUUUGUUUUAGUGCAGUCUCGGCUGUUUUGAUUUCGUUUAAAGAAGAGAAAGUUGAUUAUUUUGAAAGAAAGAGUUGGAAAGUUGGCUGCGAAGGAUGAGGUGUGAGUGCCGAAGCGCUUAACUAACACGCCUGUCACUGAUAGUAGUUUCAAUCAACUGAAUGAAAUAAUGAUGUAUUAUUGUUAUUGUUAUUGCUACAACUAUUUUCUGUUGACUUUUUUCAAUGUAAACACAGUACUGUAUGCUGUAUCAUCAAUUGGAUGUUGAGUGACUCUGGAAAGACGGUAGGGUCACAGUGAAGGAAUGAAUGUAAAAGGUGAUGAAAGAAAAUGAGAUUUUGUCCUCAUGAGGACUGCUUUAAAGGAAGCACUUUUUUAAUGAAUGGCUAAGCCAUCUCAAGCACGUUGAGUAAAGAUGAUAAAACAACUGCCAUUUAAGUAAUUUAAAGCUAGUCGAAUGAAAGUAUGAAUGCAAAUAAGGAUGGAAUGGAAAUGCGUACAGAGACUGUUUAUAUAUUUACGAGCGAUAUGAUAUGAGAGACAAAGUGUAAGUGAGAAACUCUGGCUACGGUAAUCUUUGGAGGAUCGAAGAGUGUCAUAUACUUGUUUGUUAGCAACGUGUGUGAUCGUGCCCGCAUGCGAGUUUGUGUGCAGCCGCACACAUACACAUGUACACACGGUUACGGUGAUUUUCAGUCAUGUUGAAAUAGACAUGUCAUGUAUUUUUUGUACAUUAACGUGUAUAGAACUGCAUAUGCUAUAUCUAUCUUACUGUAUGAGAGCGCAAGACUACAUGAGCACGUUUUUAGUCCCGUCCCCCAAGACACUGACUCAUCGAACGUAUGUGAAAGCAGUCAUGUAGUCAUUUCAGUUUUGUGUGAGUGUGUGUGUGUGUUUGGGUGCGUGCAUGUGUGUGUGUACCACACAUAUUAUAAAUAGAUAUUUAAGUUCUACUUAAAAGAAUAUUGCAAUUUGCACAUCUGGAGAGAUAGUAACAUGAUUUAUUUUGUUUUCUGCCUGCACAGACAGGGCCGAAAACCUGAUUUUAACUGAAAUGUAGCAGUCUCUUGGCAAGUUUGUUUAGUUCGCAGGUCUGUUGGGUUCAUUUUCAUUAGGAAAACCAGGAAGCUCCUUUUCAGGAGGUUUUGUAUCAGCAGGAUUUUUGCACAGUGCUGUGUUGAAGAGUUCGUUCAUAGCCUGUAGCCUGCAUACUUGUCAAGUCGUUCGAGUGGCCACACUCAAGUUAACUUUGGUAGGUGAAAAUCUGGCAGGAAGAUGGGUUGUAGUAGAGAAUAAAAGAUGAAUGAAUGGAUUUAAUGAGUGGUGGAGGGUGGGUGAGUGAGUGCACCCCAUAUACAAUUUGAAAAUGCUUUAUUUUUUUAUAAUAAAACAGGGUUUCUCAGAUCAACACCACAAGCAUGCAUUUUAUUUUAUUUUUUCCAUUGGAAAUGUCUCCACUUCUGUCUUUUGACCUGUGUGUGUGAGUUUUACUUGGAUUGUAUGUGUGAAUGUAUCCGCUUCAACCAAUCAAACUUGAUAUUUUCAUUGUGUUCGACAUUUAUUUUGGGCCAAACGCUAGAAAUUUUAUUGUUUGUCCGUUGAACCACCCCAAGAACAGAACUGUCGAUGGCGGUCUCACAUUUUUGUCUGGUUUUUCCGAUCUUUUCCUGUUGUCCUUCUCUUCAUGUAAUGAUCAGUGUUUUCAAUGUUGCUCAUUGCUUCAAUCAUUUUACAGUCUGCCUCCUUCUGGUUGCACAGUGUGGUUCCACGUACGCACGAGAAGCAUUCCGAACAACGGCACGUAGCAAUAACCCUUAGUCUCUAGUGCUGAACCAAAAAUACAAAAAAACACAUAGACAUCCACGCCAGACCUUCUGUUCGACCUCAGCAAGCUGUUUUUUUUAUCCUCUUUAGGUUGAUUUGCAGUUUGCACAGCCAGCCCUCAGUAACUUCAGGGAGAAAUGUAAAUUAAUAUGCAGUGACAGAGUCUGUCCCCUCCUAGCCGUCUUAACCCAUAAUCUAUAGUGACCUCUAGAUGCUCUUCAGGUGCCCAUACAGAACCAGUACGCCUCUCUCAGAGUAUGUUUACCCAACCGCAACCGUUAGCUACCUUCUGUUGCCUGGCACGUACGUUCGACCGCUUUCUCACAAGGCACAACCACCUACAGUUCCUACAAUUUCUCUCUUUUUAUCUGUUCCUCAUAUUCAUAGCCAUAUAACCUUGACAGUAUUUUUGACCGAGUUUCAUGUCAAAUGUAGGUUUUGAGAUUUUAGGGGAGAAUACUAAUUCAUUCACUUGUACUCACUUAUGAUAUCUGUUAUCGUCAACAUGAAUUGAUAGUUGAACCCGUUUGACUUCCACAGUGUGGUAUGUUUCAGGGUUUGCAAUAAGAAAAAGCAGGUUUUUCAUGGUAAAACGAAAGUGACUUUACUAAAAUAAUUAAAACAUGGUCAUGUGAGUGGGAGAUUAAAUUUGUUUUGUCUGGAAGACCAUAGCUGCGUCCCAAAUGGCACACUAUACACUAUGCACUCAUGCACUAUGUACUUAUGCACUUACACACUUAAUAGCAUAGUAGAUGAAUGUAGUGUCGUCCCAAAUGGAACACUAAUGGUUUUUUACUAAGCGGAAAUUCAAACCGUUUCCCAGAUGACAUUUGACGGUUGCCAAAUUAGUGAAAUAAAUGAACAAAGUAAAAUACCUGCCGUGAGUAUUGCAGCAUUCUCCAUCAGGAGGCGCUAUAAUCACUCUCAUAGGAGAAUUUCGCUUUCACAAUCCAAAAUCCAACAUGUGCGCCCGAUAGCUCCGCCCCUUCCGCUACGUGGGCAAAGCUACGGUCAUUAAGUGUGUGAAGUGUCCAACAUUACACACUUCAUUUUACCGGUCGAAUGAGUGCAUCAUCCUGGUAAUUAAAGUGCACUUAUUAUUUUUCGAGUUUUCAGUGUGAACGCACUACUUACGCUAUUUAUACUACAAAAUGGCGUAAAAUAGUGCAUAAGUAUGCGAUUUGGGACGCACCUCAUGUACUUUUUAAAAUAAAGGCUCCAAUUUUGACUCCAUAGAAAACCAUUUUGGUUUCCACAUCUGCAACACUUUUGGUUGAAGAGUUUCUAAGACACAAGUGUCGAACUCCAGGAACUUGAGAGCCGCAACUGCAAAGUUUAGCUUUAACCCCAGUUAAACACACCUGAUCAAACUAAUUGAGUCUUUCAGGCUUGUUUGAAGCCUAAAGGUAUGUGUGUUGAAGCAGGGUUGGAACUAAAAUGUGCAGGGUUGUGGUCCUUUGGGAACUGAGUUUGACACCCCUGGUCUAAGAAGAUUUUUAAAAGAUUCCCUAAAAUCCCUUUUCAACUGUAAAGAACCUUUUGUGUGGUACAAAACAUUAAAGGUUCUUCAUGGAACCAUUGAUGCCUAUAUUUUCAAAAGCGCAUCAAUUUUUCCCUCACAAUAAGACCUAGAAAGACUUUUAAAAAAUGUCAAAUUUCAAAUAAUUUUAACUUUCUUUUAUCUAUUUAGCUAAUCUCCAGGUUUGGUGAUGCUUUUAGCUUAGCUUAGCAUAAAUUGAUGUUUCGGAUUCGACCAUUAGCAUUUUGGUGAGUUUGGUCAUUGCACGUGCUGCAGCAGAGUUCCUUAAUUAUUACGCCGGAAUGAGAGUAUAGUAGAUACUGGUGUAAUUGAUCACAAAUCUCAUGGUUCGGAUCACAUAGUAGUUUUUCAGUCACGGGUUGGACCAUUAUUCGGAUCAGCCAAAAAGGGGAGGUGACAAGUUUAAUUUGCUUUGCAUUUAUUACAAAAACAGUACUGCAACAGAACUUAACAGAACCUGUAAUUUUAUUAAAAAUAAUAUGAAGAAAUCCGCUUACACUGAAUGCAUUGAUGCACGCUAAAUAAGUAGUGACAGAAAACCCCUUUAAUAACCUAAGAAACCCACCACAUCCUGAAUAACCCACCACAACUUCGUUUAUCAUCAUUAUAUUUUACAGGAAAGCCUAAAUGCUUUCAUACAUGUGAUUUGAAUGACUCAAGAGGCGAUCUCUCUGUGAUCGUUACAAAUUUGGAAAUAAUCUACCAAUUAAACAAUGUAUUAAUCCGUGAGCCACAUGUGUUCUGAACCAUGGGUUGUGAUCAACCGUGAUCCGUUACACCCCUAAUAGUAUCUAGCCAAAUCAGCCUGUAAAAUAGCAACUUUUCAUUUUGUCAGUUUUAGUACAUAAUGCAACUACGAAAGAGUCCAUUGUUAAACAGGAAAAUCAUCAAAACUCGACCUGAUUCGACAAUCUAAGCUAAGCUAAGCUAAAUAUACCCCAACCAAACCAAAAUAUUGGCUGAACGAAUUCAAAAAUGGUAUAAUCAACCAUCUGUUUAACUCUAGGAGAGUUCUAAAAUGAACCUUUUGUCAUAAGAGUGUUUCUUUAAGCGAUUAAUUUAAGUUGAUUUUUGAUUCAUGUUGACUUGAAGUGUCACUUGUUAUGGACCAGGAGGUAAACAAGUGUACUCGUUCAACCCAGUUAUGCAAUUAGUUUGCAUUAUCAACAUCCGAGCGUCCGUGUCGCCUACUGUUUAGGAAUAAAUCCAGCUGCGAAUGAAUUAAAUAUGCUUGACGUUGAUGACCUGAAUGAAUGAAACAUCACAGAUGCUGGGCGCCGUCACAUUUGACGGUCAUCACAAAGAGAAUAAAAGAUGCACAUGGUACAGUUGGAGGUUUAUUGUACUGAUAACGAUCGUCUCUUGUGACCUCCAGUGUCGAGAGAUGAGAGAAAUAACUGAACAUUAUUAGUAGCAGCCGCUAUUUUUUUAGUCAUAUGAUAAUCAAUCCUCACAACUCUUCUGUUUCUGUUACACGCGUAACAGUUUGUGCCAUCUGUAUGUAGCACUCUUUCUGUGGCUUGCAGUCCCUCGACUUGUAUGCUAGUAAGUUUAAAACCAUCUGUAGCCUGUGGGUUUAAAGAUUUUACUUUGCUCCGUGCAAGUAAAUUGUGUUUUUCAGUUUAUAGUGAGCCCCCCUGAUCUCUCGUUGUUUUGCACAAUCCUGCUUUAUUGUUUCUUUGGCAGAGGGGUGAGUUUGCUGUCUCUGACGUUAUGACGACAUCAUUUGCUUUUCUGUUAAAGGUCAAAAAUCUUUCCUUGGGCUUACUCAGGGAUGGGAAAUAGGUGUGAAUGUGUGUGUUGAGGAGGUAGUGUGACCUUUGAAAGGUUUGUGUACGUGUAAAGAGAUAAAUAUA